UCCAAUCAUUUCAUGCAUUCAGACCUUCAACUAAACAAUGAGUACCUACGUCAGAUAUGGCCACCACUCAUGGAGUGCUCUUUUAAUAGUUCUAUGCAUGGCUCUUCUUUGCUGUGUUUCUGAAUCUAGGGUAAACAGGGGUAAAGCAGGCGGCUUUGUUCAAACCAAAGGAACUAACUUUGUUUUAAACGGGUCCCCGUUUCUUUUCAAUGGAUUUAAUGCGUAUUGGAUGAUGAAUGUUGCCACUGUUCCAAGACAGAGGAUCAAAGUUACAAAUGUCCUACAAGAUGCAGCGAAUGUUGGUCUUUCAGUAUGCCGAACAUGGGCUUUCGCUGAUGGUGGUGACAAAGCUCUUCAGAUUUCACCAGGAGCAUACAACGAACAUGUUUUUCAGGGACUGGAUUUCGUUGUAUCAGAAGCAAGAAAAUACGGCAUUCGGUUGAUAUUAAGUUUUGUUAACAAUUUCAAAGACUUCGGAGGGAGACUGCAAUACAUUGACUGGGCAAAAAAAGCAGGCGUUCCUAUCAGCAGUGACGACGAUUUUUACACCAACCCUAUAGUCAAAGAGUAUUAUAAGAACCAUGUCCAAAGAAUUAUAACAAGGGUCAAUACCAUCACUGGGAUCGCAUAUCGUGAUGACACCACAAUCAUGGCAUGGGAACUCAUGAACGAGCCCCGCUGCCAGGCUGAUUACUCUGGAAGAACAGUUAAUGGUUGGAUUCAAGAAAUGGCUUCGUUCGUGAAAUCAUUGGACAGACACCAUCUGUUGGAGGUUGGCAUGGAAGGGUUUUAUGGUGACACAAUGCCUGAACGAAAGCAGAUAAACCCCGGUUACCAAGUUGGAACUGAUUUCAUCACCAACAAUCUUGUUAGCGAAAUUGAUUUUGCCACGAUACAUGCAUAUCCUGAUCAAUGGUUGUCUGGACAAAAUGAAGAUUCACAAAUGGAAUUUAUGCAAAGAUGGAUGUGGAGUCAUUACGAGGAUUCAAGAGUUAUCCUAAAGAAACCACUUGUUAUAGCCGAAUUUGGGAAAUCUAGUAAUGAUCCAGAAUAUAACAUUAACAAAAGAGACUCUUACAUAGAUGCUGUUUAUAGAAACAUUUACAUGAUGGCGAAUACGGGAGGAACUGUUGGUGGUGGUUUAGUGUGGCAGCUCAUGGCAGAUGGGAUGGGUUCGUUCAGCGAUGGAUAUCAAAUAAUCUUGUCGAAAAGCCCAUCCACAAGCAGCAUCAUUUCCGAACAAUCUCAUUCCAUGAGAACUCUAUCUCAUUUGUUAAGAAUUCGAUCUCAAAAUGUUCGUUUAGGCAAAGAUCAUAGACAAUGGCAAAACCAAAAUCUUAAGUCACUAGUAUCCAAUUUAGUGGAAGUAAUAAAAUAAACUUGUAAAAAAGUUUGGUUAUAAAGUAGCCGUUUGUUACUGAAUAGGUGGUAGUUAUGGUCCGAUUUUUUGGUAUUUUAUGUAGUUGAGUCUUUUAUGAUGCGAAUCACAGAAGAAAAUUGCCCAAAAAUACCCUUCAUCUUCAUCCUCUGUUUUACCCUGUUCUUUGUUGAUUCUUCAUAGGAAAAAGACACCCACUGUUUAGUACUUACACCUGGUAUCAGAGCCUGGUUUGAGGCUCUUGUAUGCGAAAGUAGAUGCCUUGAAAUACAGGUAUGGAUGAAUCCAAGAACCAAAUACGAAAGGAAUUUGAGAUGAGUGAUCUAGGCCCUCUUACUUGCUAUGUAGGUAUUGAAGUAGAGCAAAUGCAAGAUUGUAUCGAAGAUUGUAUUGUGUUGAACCAGGCGGGUUCGGAAAAACCACUUGACAAAGCCCAAAUAGUAGAUUGCAAUCCCAUGAGAAUCCUGAUGGAGCCAGAGUUAAAUAUGUACGAAGCGAAGAACAGCACAAAAAUGUCUUAAAGAAAUCAUUGAUAAGAUUCAUAUUCAAUGGAGUGACGAAACUUUUGGGAGUCAAAUAAAAUAAGUCGAACAUGCAACCUUGGACCCGCGUAAAGCGACGGCCGUCGAAUAGUUUUUUUUUUUCACGACAAUUAGUUUCUGAACAAUGAUUAGCGUGAAUUCAACAAUUAGUUUGUUUUAGCAAAACAUGUAAUAUAAAAAUAAGACAAUCUAUUAACAAAUAUAACAAACUAUACUGCAACGGGAGGUGAAUAGUUUUCUUUUA